AUCGUGUUUUUAUAUUUCAUACAACGACUUUUUCUAAGGCGUACCUAAAAAUGCAACUAUUUUAUUUGGUGUUGUUCCUUAAAGUAUACAGCAGUUUUGCUGCAGCUGAAAGUCCAUCAGUAAUAAUAGUAGGUGCAGGUGCUGCUGGAAUUGCGGCAGCAACAACUCUUCUAGAAAAUUCAAUUACAAAUGUUACUGUAUUGGAAGCAAAAAACAGAAUUGGUGGUAGAAUACACAGUGUUGAUUUUUGCGGCGGUGUAGUAGAAGUAGGAGCUCAGUACUGCCAUGGUGAGAACGGAAAUCUCGUAUAUCAACUACUAGAAAAAUUAGAUGUUUUGGAAUCUUCCAACCUCAGCAAAUUAGCAUUUGCAAAGUUGUACACUUCCAAUGGACACGUUGUUGCAACGGAUUUAGCAGAAGAUUUGGUAAACACGAUUUUUAGUUACGAUGAAUACUUGAAUGCAAGUAGUGGCGUAAGUUUGCAGCAAGCAUUUUUAGAAGUCUACAAUUCAGGUGUACUGAAGAAAUACAGCCACGAUGAACAAAAACAGAAAAUCGUUAAAGAUGCACUGAAGUUCGUCAAAGAUGCCAUUCUUAUAUACGAAGGUGCGUUCUCUUUGGAGAAAGUAGCAUCCAGAAAUCACUUCGUUGGCAGUGACGGUGACCAAAACCUAGUGUUUAAAAAUCAAGGUUACCGUAUCUUACUAGACGUUCUUAUGAAAAGUUACCCCAAUCCAAACGACAAAUUACCUAUAGAUGAUAAAAUUCUCUUAAACAAAACGGUAACAAAAAUCACCUGGAACAAAAGUAAGGUAGUGGUAGAAACUUCUGAUAACGUUUCGCUUAUAGCUGACCAUGUCAUUUUUACUCCUUCUAUUGGAGUUUUAAAAGAACAGAUGGACUCAUUAUUUGAUCCACAUUUACCAAAACAAAAAAAAGAGGCACUUGAUGCUUUAGGCUUCGAUGGUGUAAUGAAAAUUAUUUUGCAUUUUCCUACAAAGUGGUGGAAGGACGAUGAUUAUGCGAUUUCGUUUCUCUGGAGUAAGGAAGAUUUACUUAAUAGCACCAACGAGUUCCCAGAUGGGCCAAGUAAGGACGGAAUUUCUUGGUUAGCUAACAUUCCAUCUUUGGUACAAAUACGACCUAACUACAACGUUUUAAUCGCAUGGUACGUGGGUGAUUUAAUACCAGAAAUAGAAAAGCUUCCAGAUGAUAUUCUUCUUAGAGGAUGUAAUUACUUGUUUAAAAAGUUUCUGGGAAAAGACUACAAUGUCACAGAUGCGGAUAAGGUAUUAAAGUCUCAGUGGUGUACCGAUCCACACGUUCGAGGAACAUACUCUUUUGAAAAAGUGGGAUAUUCUAAAGACAAUGUUUCGCAUAAUGCAAAAUUAGCGGAACCGUUAGUUAAUGAAGAAGGUAGAUCAGUACUUUUGUUUGCAGGAGAAGCCACAAAUCCUAUACACUAUUCGACCGUUCAUGGUGCAGUUGAGUCUGGGAAAAGAGAGGCUGAAAGAAUUAUUGAACUGCUUAAGUAAAAUUUUGUUUUAAAAUUUUGAUAGUACGGCAAUAAACGUAUGGAUAUGAUAUAAA